GAUUUUAAGUCCUUAUGUGGUAAGCACACCCCUUACUUUGAACGUACAGAGUACCCACAUGUCAUUGGAGUAGUCUCAGCUGUUCAGGGAUUGAGAUCUUUGCUGAGAGUUUGUCAAUGGGAGACGUGUCCGACUGUUAAUACCUCCACAAAUACCAGAAUGGCCCUUAUGGGAGUACAGCUGGUAGUCAGCUUGCUGGCUGCCAGCAUAAUGCAGAGGAUGGCUCCGCACUGCUCCUUUGCACGCUGGCUGCUGUGCAAUGGCAGUCUCUUCCGCUUCAAGCACCCGUCUGAAGUAGAGCUUUGUGCCUUGGCUGGGAAGCAGGUGACCAAACCUAACAAGAAAGACAGAAGACAAAAUGGCAACAGAGAAAACAAGCCUCUCACAGUGCCGAAGGAUAUAGAUCUCCAUCUGGACAGCACUCCCAUCAAUGUACUUGAUGCCUUAGUUCUGAGGUUCUUCGUUGAGUACCAAUGGCUCAUUGAUUUUGCCGUCUAUGCAACUGGAAUUUUUCUUUUCACCGAGACCUACUACAGUGUGGUUGAUGCCAGCAAAGAGGUCAACAUUGGUGCCAUCUGGUGUGUUUUGACUGUAUUUUUCUGCCUGAGGACUCUGCACACUCUAAUGAGCCACUACUUCAGCGCCGACGCGGACGGAGAGAGCUCCGUGUGUUUGGCCUUUGGCUUCCUGUCCCUGCUGGUAGCCAUGUUGGUGCUGGUCGUGAGGGAAGACUACUUGGAGUUCGGCCUGGAACCUGGUUUUAACAGUCUUUUUGACAAUCUGGAAGUUUUUGCAAAACAGCAAGGCUAUUCCGAGUGGUCAGUGCCUGUUACCAAGUUGACUGUGAAGCUGGGCUUGGCUACUGUUUGUGGGUUCAUUGGUGCCCUGCUGGCUUUUCCUGGACUUCGUCUCGCCCAGACCCAUCUAGAUGCCCUGCAGAUGAAUUCUGACCGUCCCUUCGUAAAAGCCCUCCUACACAUCAGCUUCCUCUCCCCUCUGUUGGUGAUUGUAUUGUGGGUGAAACCAAUUGCCAGAGACUUCUUGGCCAAUGCUCCAAUGGGAAAGACAACAGUAACAUUGAUCCCCAGCUCCAUGUUUAAUUCGGUGCGUCUGUGGACAGUGGUGGCAUUGUGUGUGCUGCGUCUGUUGGUCACGCGCUACCACCUGCAGGCCUACCUCAACCUGGCCCAGAAGUGGGUGGAGCAGAUGAAAAGGGAGGCUGGCCGUAUAGCUGCCAUUGACAUCCAGAGGAAGGUUACCCGCAUAUUCUGCUACUUGACUGUGGUCACGCUACAGUACCUGAUCCCUAUUCUGCUGAUACUCUUCUCAACCCUUGCGUUGAAGACUUUGGGUGACUUCUCGUGGUGUUUUGCUGAGGAGACCCCAGGCGUGACUCCGGCUCUGGUCCUCCCGACCUCGCCGCCGCCCGUCCCGCUGGAGGACGACGAGGAAGCCGACGACAUGGAGGAGGAGGUCCAGGCCACCGUGGCCCAACUGGCCGCAGCCUUCCACGGCCUGUGUUCUGUCCUCACACCACUCUUCUUCCGCGGCUUCUUCGCCUUCCUCACCUGGUGGGUGGCAGCGUGCCAGGUCAUCAGCAGCCUCUUUGGCAUCUACUUCCACCAGUAUCUGAUGCACAACUGAAGGGGCCUCCGUCCUCACGGCCCCCUCUCUUAUUGCACUGAGUUCAGAUUACAGCCCCCGUGUACCCCGAGCAGCAAGAGUGAAAUGACCUUGAAGUGGUGCGUCAAAGUCAAAUCAAAAAUGGCAUGCUGACUGUGGGGCAUACAGUAGUUAGGCCAUUGGCAGGACUGGACCUGAUCACAGAGUCUAUAACUCUACCAUUUUAGCAUGACUUCAGUGCCAGAAUGUGUCCUCUUUGCUCAUCCAAGAAACAAAUAACGGUGAUAGCGAUUUUAUGACAGUCAGUAGCUAAAUCAAUAGCUUAACAAUGGCAGUUUCACUCUGAGUCCUGUUCUUGCCUACAAUCAAAACCAUUCAGAUUAACAUCUGAUUACUAAUAUUUAUUUUGACAUCUACUCCCAUACUUUAAUAUCACUUAAAUGUCUUUAUAGAUGUUGGGUACCUCUAAAUAGAUUUUAUUUCCCAUAGUUCUUCAACUGUAUGUCCAAAGCAUUAGUCAACCAUUCACAUGCUCAAUAGGGAACUACAGUAUUCACUGAAUACGCUGCUAUUCAGAUCAAAUUUAAGUGCCUGGAAACUCAGGGAUUUUGAAGUCAGUGAUAGGAUUUCAUUUUCCAGCACACCAGACCGUGAUGAGUUAAUCUGAACACUGCUGUGGUACAGUGUUACAAAAGACUUGCAGCCAGCCACGUUUGUCACCGAGAGGGCUCAGAGAGGUUUAGGGUCUCUGUCCAGUUUUAUUUGAUGCCAAGCACUGUAAACGUACAAAAAAGAUGGAUUUCAUGUCAAGCUUUCAUGUUAUGUGGGCCUACAGUACCAUAAUGAGUUUAAAAGUAAUCAUUUGUAUUUAUGUAUUUAUUACCGAGUGCCACAUAUAGCUUAACUCUAAUCUGUAAUUUCCAGUGGUACUGUCUCAAUUUAAUUUGGUGUUCUGAGCGAGGUUUCAUUUGUUUUUGAUUGAAGACUGAGAAAAAAAGAGCUGUCAGUUGUGCAUCUGUGGGUGGUUUUUAGCAAAUCUGCUUUUUUCUUGACUGAAGAGAUUGUUUUUCUGAAAAUUGAAUGCUCCAUGAUGAGUCGUGUAUUUGGUACAUUUUAAUGUUGGUUGAAUUUUAAUAAAACGCAAAGGUUGAUU